CCAAGCAGAAGCCAAGCUUAAGAAAUCCCCAGGAAAUGGAGUCCCUUGCGAACGUCUAUCGCUACCAAAACCCUGUCCAUGUCUCUCUCCAUCAUCUUCCAUCGUUCGCAAGGCCAGUCUCCUCUUUCUCCUUCCUCAGGACCUCCUCGAAGUCGAUAACGUCUAUCAGAGCCUCCUCCACACCUAUCUCUUCGAAACCACAAGAACUUCAUUCUUCCCAUCAUCCAAUUCAAAUCCUAAAACCCCUCGCCUCUCUUCUCAAAACCACCUGUAUCGCUCUAGCCGCCACCGCUUUGUCCUUCAACCGCUUCAGUAAGCCCUCAUUUGCUGCCCCGGUCGCCCAACCCACCGUUGAGUCUGCCAAGGGAACCUACGAAACAGACUCCGACGAAGAGAAAGAGAGAACCCUGGAAGAGUAUUUGGAGUCCAACCCCGACGAUGUUAAGGGGCUCAGAUCCCUCAUGGAGGUUAAGAUCAAAGCACGCAAGCUUCAGGAAGCCAUCUCAGUGAUCGAUAGGUUGAUCGAAAUCGAACCCUCCGAGAAGGAAUGGCCUUUACUGAAAGCCCAUCUUCAGAACUACAGCGGUGACGGCGAAUUGGCCAAGUUAGGGUUCGAAGAGAUUAUUUCCAAGGAUCCCCUUUUUGUUGAAGCAUACCAUGGCCUUGUUAUGGCCACCUCUCAAUCAGAGUCGGGUGAACUGGGAGACGUCUUGAAAAGGAUCGAGAGCGCUAUGGAGAAGUGUAAGAAGGAGAAGAGGAAGGAGGAUUUGAGGGAUUUUAAAUUGCUGCUUGCUCAGGUUAAGGUCAUUGAGGGUAAUUAUAUGGUUGCUUUGAAGGUUUAUCAGGAGCUUGUAAAGGAAGAGCCAAGGGACUUCCGGCCGUAUCUCUGUCAGGGGAUUAUCUACACUUUGCUGCAGAAGAAAGAUGAGGCCGAGAAACAGUUCCAGAAGUAUCGGCGACUCGUCCCAAAGGAACACCCAUAUGCUCGUUACUUCGAUGAUAACAUGCUUGCGACCAAAGCGUUUUCUCAGAUGGCGGAGAAUCAAAGAACAGGAUCUAAGAGCUGAGAAAUGGGUAUUUUUCUUAUAGUUCCUGAGCAACAGGUUUCGAGUCCAUCAAUAUUAGCAUGGUGAUGUUGUAAAGGUGGCUUUUCUGCUUUACUUUAUUUGUUUAUUUUUAUAGCAGCGAUUUUUAUUGUACUUCUCCUUUCCGUAGCCAAUGAUAGAGGUGCCCAAAUGCAAAUUUUGUUGUCAGUCAUGACAUUUUAAUCUUGAUUUCUUAGCUGUUGUCUAUUAUCAAUGAAGAGUGAAGGAAAAAAAAUGUUUUUUGAUUAUC